GGUAGGUACUGCGAGGCUGCGCCGGAAGUAGUGGGAGGCCCGACAACUCCUCAUGGCGGCGGCUGCUGGUAGGGCGCGGUGUGGUGGUGACUGAGCAGCGAGCCUGGCGGGCGUGCGCCGAGCCCCGGCCUGGCCUCCGCGUGCCCCCCAGGCUCUGCACCCCUGAUGCUGCGCGGGUGCUGAGCCCGCCCCGGCCGGGACGAUGGUGAAGUAUUUCCUGGGCCAGAGCGUGCUCCGGAGUUCCUGGGACCAAGUGUUCGCUGCCUUCUGGCAGCGGUAUCCGAAUCCCUACAGCAAACAUGUCUUGACGGAAGACAUAGUGCACCGGGAGGUGACCCCUGACCAGAAGCUCCUGUCCCGGAGACUCCUGACCAAGACCAACAGGAUGCCCCGCUGGGCUGAGCGACUAUUUCCUGCCAAUGUUGCUCACUCAGUGUACAUCCUGGAGGAUUCUAUUGUGGACCCACAGAACCAGACCAUGACCACCUUCACCUGGAACAUCAACCAUGCCCGGCUGAUGGUGGUGGAGGAACGAUGUGUUUACUGUGUGAACUCUGAUAACAGCGGCUGGACCGAAAUCCGCCGGGAAGCCUGGGUCUCCUCUAGUUUAUUUGGCGUCUCCAGAGCUGUCCAGGAAUUUGGUCUCGCCCGGUUCAAAAGCAAUGUGACCAAGACAAUGAAGGGUUUUGAAUACAUCUUGGCCAAACUGCAAGGUGAGGCCCCUUCCAAAACCCUUGUUGAGACAGCCAAGGAAGCCAAGGAGAAGGCAAAAGAGACAGCACUGGCAGCUACGGAGAAGGCCAAGGACCUUGCCAGCAAAGCAGCCACUAAGAAGCAGCAACAGCAGCAGCAGUUUGUGUAGCCAGCCCAGGCCCUGGUGCAGCAACACAUCAGGCCACCUGGCUCCAAUCUUUCUGCCCUCCCUCUUGUACUUUAUUAUUAAAAGUCAACUUCCAGCCCAAUCUACUGUCUGGGUGGUGGGUGGGAUGGUGUCUUAUUUGGCAUCUAUAUGCACCAGACAUGUUACCCAAGUCUGGGCCAGGCCUGCUUCUUCCCCCAUGGGGCAGCUGAGAACAGAGGUAUAGAAAGCUGCUGGGACUUGGUUAUUGUCACAGACAGCAUGCAGGCACAGUGGUCAUGAACGCUAGACUGUAAGCUCCACGAGGGCAGGGCCCUUGGUUUUGUUCUCUGAUAUGUCCCAAGUACCUGGAACGAUAUCUAGCACAUAACAGGCACUCAAUAAAUAUUUGUUGAAUUCACUCAG